GGGGGAGUGUUACGGCCCUUAAGCCGUGUGUGUCUGCCCAGGGGUACUGCUGCUCGUCUGUCCUCUGCAGGUCCUGCCCCCCCCCCCCUCUGAUGUUGCAGCCAGGAGGCUAAGGUGCACACCUGUCCCCAGUUUGCAAUAAGCGGGAGCGCAGGAGCAGGUAUAAGGAGCAGAGAGCAGGCAGACUGGGCAUGGAGAGCUGGGUGAAACUGCAACUUUCCUGCCCUCCCUCCCUCUCUGCCUCCAUCCUUCUAGAAACUGAUCCUUGCUACUUUACCUACAUCUUUCCCUGCACGUCCCUGUGUUUGGAGGAAGGAUGCAGCCCCACAGACUCCUGAGUCUGCUGGGAGUCAUCGUGCUCUGCAACGGCCAGGAGGACAGCGGGACGGACGAGUCCUGCGAUAACUUCACAGACCUCAACCUGUCUCACUGCUUCAUGGGAACCAGCCUGUACGUCCGGCUGCUGCUCUACACCCGCUCCAACCUCGACUGCGGCCGUGAGCUCAACCACCACAACCUGUCCUCCCAGCCUCUCUUCAACCUCUCCCACCCCACCGCCUUCGUCAUCCACGGCUACCGGCCCACCGGAGCGCCCCCCAUCUGGAUAAACCACUUGGUUCACCUGCUGGCCGAGCAGGAGGACAUGAAUAUUAUCGUGGUGGACUGGAACAGAGGGGCGGCCAACCUCAACUACUUCACCGCUGUGGCCUACACGAGCGAGGCAGCUCACAACCUCACCGGCUUCAUCAUGACUAUGCAGGAGGAAGGAGCGUCUCUGAGCUCGGUUCACCUCAUCGGUGUCAGUCUAGGAGCUCACCUGGCUGGAUAUGUAGGAGCAAAUCUGAAGGGGAAGAUUGGACGCAUCACUGCGUUUGGACUGAGAGGAGCCCAUGGUCAUAUUGACUUCUACGCAAACGGUGGAGCAGACCAACCAGGGUGUCCCAAAACCAUCUUUGCAGGUAAAUCUUAUUUUGUGUGUGACCACCAGCGCUCGGUGUUUCUGUUCUUGUGCUCUCUGAACCGAACCUGCAGCCUCACAGGUUACCCCUGCUCGUCUUACAGCGACUUCCUGGAUGGGCGGUGUAUGCAGUGUGAGGCCUUUAAACCUGCACCCUGUCCUGUGCUUGGUUAUGAUGUCAGCCAGUGGAGGGAGACUCUGCUGAAGCUCGGACAGACCAAAGUCUUCUUCAGCACCACGGCCACGCUGCCCUACCGGAAGCUGAGCUACAGAGUGGACAUGGUGACCUGGAACCAGUACCUCCGCUGGGCGUUCGUCUACAUCCGGCUGCACAGUGGCAGAAACUUCACAGAGGCGCGAAUAGACAAUAAACUGAUCCGGUUCGAGCAGUACACCUCCACGCGGCUGCUGGCCCAGUUUGAUGAGGAUCUGCAGCAAGUCCAGAAGAUCUCUAUACGCAUCAACACCGGCAACGUGAUCGGCCCUCGUUAUAAAAUCAGACUCCUGCAAAUUCGCUUCACGCCGCUGGACCGUCCUGAGAGGCCUAUAAUGUGCCGUUUUGACAUCAUCAUGGACGAGAACACAGAGGUGACGUUUCGGCCUUUACCCUGCAACUCUCACCUCUGACUCCCGGACCAGUCAGGCUUCUUCUUCUAUGGAAACACAUCUAACUCACCCGAGUCCAGAGGUGUAGGUGCUACAGGGUCUCCAGGCCCAGAGUGGACCUCAAGGGGCCCCACGGGAGAAGCUGCAGGCCUGGUGCUGUGGAUAACGCUGGGUUAUUUGAAAGUCAACAUGUUACGCGUGAUUGGAGCCGCGUCUCUGCUGGUACUGAUGGGAUUUGGGGAAAGCUGAUACGAGUGACUCCUGUUAUGCUGUGAGGUCUGGAAACACAGCAACAAGAUAUGCAACGAGAUUCUGGAAACAGCUGCCUCAGUCAGAAGAGACUUGAGUCGCGGUGAGAUCGGUUCUCUUCAUGCAUCUCUGACUCUACCUGUAACUGCAGUGAAACUAUCAGUACUACAAAUACAUAUCUCAUGUUCAGUUUAUUCUGACUGCAGCAAACUAAAUGUCAAAUGAUACACGAGUGACUCUCUGGUUGUCCCACAAGAAGUAUUCAGACACUUUACUUAAGUAAAAGUACUAAUACCAGACUGUUAAAAUACUCCAUUACAAGUAAAAGGCCUGCGUUGAAAACCUUAUGUAUUAUGUAAGUAUUAUCAGUUAAAUUUACUUCAUCACAAGUAAAAGUACUCAUAAUGCAGUAAAAUCUUCCUGUCGGUGUUUCUCCAUUAUAUCUGAUGUUUCUGAAUUAAUAUUCUUGCUGCAUUAAUGUGUAUGAUGCAAUUUACUGCUGUAGAUGUUAAAGGUUGAGCUCAUCAAUCUGCAGCAAUGCAUCAUGGUCUAUAAGAUCAUCACGUGUUUGUGGCUGUCCUGCGAGAACCACGUACUUCUAAAUUAAGACCCUGUGAGGCUCAAACUUUUAAACUAUUACAUGCUGGAUUAAGACUUUACGAGGCUUUAAUUGACAUUUUCUCCUCCUGCUCUGCCUAACAGUGCUCAAAGAGCAUUUUCUUUUCUGUGAGCAUGUUUUUUGUAUUAAGGCUCUCUAGAUUUAGAUUUUUUUUAAACUUGUGUGAAAAAUUGGGUCAUGUACUCUCUUGUGUGUGUUUACCUGAACACCAAUUACUCAAUGUGAAAAUGUAUUUAAAUAAGCUCUCAUGCUUCAGUUUGCAAGACUGGAAAACUUUUUGAAGUUUAUCGUUUGUCAAAAGAGUACAAAAGAGAUGUGAAAUCUUUUAACUUCCUUCCUUUGAUCAGUUUCAGUGCAGUUACAAAGAUGACAAGAAAUGCAGCUUCUUUUCUCUCUGUGCCUUGUUACAGCAGUCCUAAAGUUCCUCAAGUACUUUAAAAAGUAGUUUUACUCUUUGUACUCAAGUAAGAAGUAAUCACUUAGUGGGGUUGUGACUCCAGGCUUAAAGCUGCUAACUCAACAGUGAUGCUGCUAUGACGUUUGUACACAUAUUUAACCAGUCAUAAGCUGUUAUACUACAGUAAUUUUAUUCUGAAAGUAGCUUGUGAAUUUAGUAGCUUAAAAAAAAGAACCAAUGGUUUAGUUUAAUUCAUCUUUUAGGGACUUGAGUGUCAGUAGAUGUAUCAUGUUGUGACAUAACUGAGCAGCCAAUUCAAAGAUUUCCUCUGAAGUGUAACUCCUGAAUAAUGUAUCAUGUGUUAAAAAACCUAAACUGUAAUGUGUUGUCUUUUUUAUUAUGUAUUUUCACCCAGCGUUUGAAAUAAAUAUUAAUUUGACAAAAGCAGAUUUAUUUUUUGAGACAAGUUGUGUAAA